ACUUAAAAAAACGACAUUUUCACCCCCUCCACCACCACCAAUAGACAACAAUCAAUAUUAUUAUUAUUAACUCCGAUGAUAUGAGUAAUACCGAUCUCUAUAGUCAUUUGAUUCAUACGACUUUAACAUUAAAUUCUACUACUUUAUAUACUUAUGAGAAUCAUCAAUUAAUUCCUUUAAUAAAUAAUUUAAAUUGUUCGGAAAUAAUUUCUCAAGAAUUAGGACUUAUAAAUUCUUCUAAGACUAUAGUAGGAUCUAUACCUAUUUCUAGUAAUUAUACUACCACUAAGUUAGUAUUAUAUUUUAUGAAAAAAGUAUUAGUAAAUAAAGAUGGAAGUAGUGAUUUAAUAACUGUAAUAACCAUAGCACAUUCCGAUGUAAAUCGGGCAUUAAUUAUAACGGUACUUAAGAAAAUUAUAGAUAAAUAUAUUGAAUUUAGACAAGAAACGGAGAAUACCGAAACCGAUAUACAAGUCCAUUCAAAUCAUCAUCAACAACAUUCUAAUGGAUCACCAAUUCAAUCAAAAUCGAGAUUAGGAGAAUUUAAACUCAUAAUGAAUCAAAUAAUUAAAUUCCAUGAAUUAGAGUAUAGUUCUAAUUCACAAAUUUAUAAUUAUGGAGCUAUUGAUAGUGAUGUUGAUGGAGAAACUUCUCAUAAUAUUAAUAUACAUCCUAAUCAAUUAUUAUUGGCUAAUGAAGAAGUUGAUGAAGUACGUCAAUUAAUGCUUGAUAAUAUAAAUAAACUUUUAAGUAGAGGGGAUAAGAUAAAUUUAUUGGUUGAUCAAACUGAUAGAUUGAAUACAUCAUCACUGGUAUUUCAUAAGAGAGCUCUGCAAAUUAAGAGGAAAAUGUGGUUUGGCAAUUUUAAAUUCAUUCUAAUUGUAUCAGCAGUCAUUAUAUUUAUAUUAUAUCUGUUUAUAGGGUCUCAAUGUGGGUUCCCAUUCUUUAGUCGUUGCAUACCGUAGUCAUUCUUCAAUUUCAAUUUAUAUAUUAUACAAUAACAAUACUAAUAAAAACUUGUAAUAUACAUUAUAUCUAUUCAUCUUCUUCAUCACUAGCUUCUGAAUCGACUUUUUCAUGGUCUGAUUCUACUGUACCUCCUAAUUCUGCCUCUUCUUUACUUAGUUGUGCAAUAGGGUUAGCACUUGGUUCCUCCUCCUCUUCUUCUUCUUCAUCUUCCACUUCUUCUACUUCUUCUACUUCU